AUGAAAACAUUCACUCUUUGUGGGUUGAGCACCCUCCUCGCCGGCUUGACGUUGGCCCAUCCUGUUGCCAAGCGUGGAAGCCAGUUCUCAGAGGUUGAUAUCACCAUCUUGCAAUUCGCUCUGACGCUCGAGCAUCUCGAAAACACCUUCUACAAAGAAGCAUUCAGCAGCUUCCAGCUGCAGGACUUCCUCAAUGCCGGCUUUGACGAGGAGUUCUUCAUCAACCUUGAAUUCAUCGCCUCGGACGAAUCAGCACACGUUGAUUUUCUCAUCGCGGCGAUUGAAUCCGCGGGCGUUGCGCCGGUCCAGCCUUGCCAGUAUAGCUUCCCCGUGACGGACGUUACCAGCUUCGUCACUGUCAGCGCCAUCCUGGAGUCUGUUGGAACCAGUGCUUAUCUCGGAGCGGCACCGUUCAUUGGGUCACGGGAUAUCCUUGCCGUGGCUGCUAGUAUUAUGGCCACAGAAGCAUUGCACACCAGUGCGCAGAGGAGCUCUCUCGGUGCAGUUGCCGCCUCCAAUGCAUUCACCACUCCUCUUGACGCCAACUCGGUCUUCACCAUCGCUUCGCAGUUUAUCGUCUCCUGCCCUCCUGAGAACCCACCAUUGCCAUUCACCGCGUUCCCUGGCUUGACAGUCAACGCUCAGCCCUGCUUCGACGAGACCAGUGGCAGUGAGAGCUUCACCACUGAUUCCUACAACUAUGCUACCGUUGUCUCCGACAUCGAAACCGCCACGUAUACUGCCAGCGCGUAUAUCGCUGAUGUCACUUACUCGACGACUACGGACGCCUAUGAAUACACUUCGACCACCACCACCACCACCACCACCACCACUGACUCGACCACUUCAGAGGAGUAUAACUACGAGUACACUUCGACCACCACCGACUACGCUUACACCACCACCACUGACUCGACGACCGCCUACACCACAUCGACCACAACGACUAUGGAUAUGUCAAUGGAGACGACCACCACCACUACCACCAUGGAUAUGUCCUCAAUGACCAUGUCUAUGCCCACACCACCUGCUUACGGACGGCGAAGCACCGCUCUCUCAGCGCGCACAAACGGUGGCUCAGCUUCAUCUUGCUCCGCCCCUGGUGCUGGCUCGUCUCUUCAACUCGUCCCAGACUUCUCGAAAUCCCACCAUGACUUCUCCGAAACCGAGUUCAUCUUUGUAACGUUCAUCGCUGGUCUCGAGGUUGUGUCCAUUCAGGCCGUCUUUGAAAGGGAUGGAAGUAUCAACGUCAGCAUUCCAGGAAGCAUCGGUGGUGGUCAAGUGUUCAUUUUCAUCACCAUUGUGGACAUUUCGGGGCGCAGCCUCAGCGACAACGAAGUGCUCUUUGGACCCGCCAUCAUGGAGAUUGCUCCAUCUUUCCCUUCUAUCAGUCAGUAA